AUGGGGAGUCCAGUUGCAGUGAAGAAAGUACUGCUGACUUCCAAUGGCGACGAGGUUUCCCAGAGUAUCGCCUUCCAGUUAGCUAAACAUGGUUGCAGGUUGGUUUUGAUGGGGGAUGAGAGCUGUCUAAGGCGUGUGAGUGAGAAGAUAAUGAGCUCCAUCAAUGGUGCUGCCAUAGUAGAAGUGGUGGGGAUGGAUAUGGAAGAUGAAAGAGAGGAAGUUUUUAAAGAAGCUGUGGGGAAGGCUUGUGGGAUUCUGGGGAAUCUGGAUGCUUUUGUCCAUUGCUAUUUCUAUGAAGGAAAGAUGCAGAACCUUCUGCAGUUCCCAGAGAGCGAGUUCAAGAAGACAGUCAAGAUAAACUUCAUGGCUCCAUGGUUUCUGCUAAAGGCUGUUGGAAGUAGAAUGCGAGAUCAUAACACAGGAGGUUCUGUCAUCUUCCUGACCUCACUAAAUGGUGCAGAAAGAGGAAUCUAUCCAGGAGCUGCAGCAUACGGUUCAUGUUCUGCUGGAAUUCAGCAAUUAGUUAGGAAUUCAGCCAUGGAAAUUGGGAAGCACAAGAUUCGAGUCAACGCGAUUGCACGAGGCCUGCAUCUGCAGGACGAGUUCCCCAAAUCAGUAGGAAAAGACAGAGCAGAGAAGCUUGUUGGCGAAGUAGUACCUCUCCAGAGAUGGCUAGAUGCCCAAAAUGAUCUACCAUCAACUGUCAUGUAUCUAAUCAGCGACGGCUCUCGUUACAUGACCGGAACAACCAUAUUCGUUGAUGGAGGCCAGUCCCUGUCGAGGCCCCGUCUGAGAUCCUUCAUGUAG